AUGGCUCCCAUUACACGGUCCUCGGUCCAAGGACGACCUUUGGACGUGUCUCAAGUCGAUGAGCAGAGCCACAUGGUGUCCCAACUGCCCAGCAACGAGGCCGACGACCAGGAAAUGGCCGAUGACUACGACGAGGACUCUGUGCAGGAAGAUCCACAGUCCCCCUAUCAAUCUACCGCUCAAGAGAUACUCCAACCUCUACAAGACACCGCCGAUCGUGUAAGCAGACAAGUCGAAGACUUCGCCAAAGCCUUGGACAAGUUCGUCCUCGAUCGAGAACCUACCGACCAAACGUUGUGGGAUGAUGCAUUCAUAUUGUUGGAGCGUUAUAGCAAUAUUGCGGAGACCCGGAGGUCAAAAACACCUGCAGAUGAAGCCGACGCACAGAUUCAGAAGAUCCAACUCGAGGCCCACCUCUGGAUUCUAGUUCGGAAUCUUCUGUCCUGCAAUUCUCCAGAAGCUGCAAACAACGUGCAGAUUGCCCAGGAAUCGAGAUUAGGUGGGCUUCACCGAUACUCGGGCAACGUCGAAUUGUGGACUGCUUUUCUCGAUUCCGAUGCUGUCGCUCAGGAGUACGAGUGCAUACUGGGGUGGUUGCAGGAAAGAGCCGCGGACACUUCUCGGCCCAUUGAAGACAUCUUGCGCAAGUUGAUUGAAAAGUCGGAACGCGGCGAUGGGGUAUGGAGUGCUGGACCCAUCUACACUCAAACUGCCAUCAAGCAACAAAAGCGAACACGGGUCUGGUCCAUGCCCCUGGAGCCGUCGAACCCUGGGCUCAACCGUUCCCAUGUACGAAAGACAGAUCAUGCACCACUUGUGGCACAAUUGGAUCCCGAUGCUCGCUCUCGCGAGUCCGCUGUGCUUCAAGAACAGGAUGAGUAUCAUGAACAGGCCGCUUGGCAGACAUGUUGGGAAAUGCUACGCCGUGGACAGACAGCCGCCCAAAUCCGGUCCUGGUGGGCCGAACGGAAAGAAGUUUGGCGAUAUUCAGUCCUACAAAGCUGCAUUCACAACAAAGGCGAGAUGGCAGACUCGCCCUGGUUCCGCAUACUUAGCCUUUCGUCCAAUUCAGAGUGGUUUGGACGCUGCGAGAUGCUUGCACAGAACCCUGCCAUUCUUGAUCGGUAUCAAAAAGCUGUCUACGGCAUUCUUUGCGGCGAUACAGAAGCUUCUAAAUCAAUAAGCAAGACGGUCGACGAUCAUCUGUUCUGUAUCUUCAACGCUCUUUUGAUCAAGAGAUAUCAAAGCUACCUUCAGGCUUACAACAACAAAUUGACCAGUCCCAAUGUCAUUGCAUUUCGACCUCAGCCACCUUCGACCAUCCAGAUUCGACAUUAUUCCAGUAUAGCUCAGUCGGACCCCCGAACAAAGGACGAGACUCAUCUGCCUCACCGAUUCAUGGAGAUGGCAAUUGUAUCCAAGGACUUUGAUGCAUUUUUUGUCGAUAUGGGCCAGGCUGCGGCCCAUGUGGCGCAUACGACUGGUCAGGGUUCUCACAUUAUCGGAGCCGACCAAAUUCAGGGCAAUGAAAUUGCAAAGGUAAACGCUCAAGACCAAGAUUCCGUACGAAUGGUGGCACACCUCCAGCUUGUGUUACGUUCUCUGGGAUUGCUAGAGUCGUCGUACGCAGACCACGAGUACGAGAUGGAGAACAACAUCGCCAACUACAUCAGUUGGUUAGAAAGCCACGGCAAAUUCUCUUUGAUACCUCUCUAUGCUGCGAAACUGUCCGAAGAAAGAUGUCAACAUGUUCUGGGCGCAAUUCUGAUCAACGUCACGGAUGCUCGCGAGCGGGACCUGCAAGUCAAACUCAUGAAACAGUACAACAUCAAUGUUCCUGCAGUUGCAUAUGGCAUCUUUUCCUUGGCCAAUUUCAAUGACAUUCAAAGACUUCGAAAUAGUACCAAACCACCGACUCCACCAAGAAUCACUGUUUCGGUCGGGAUAGGCAAGGUUGCUCAAUUAAAAGUCCGACCGAACUUGAUGACUGGGGAAAUUUCUGAGGCUGAUGAAAAGGCAAUUCGAAGCGUGGAAUGGUGUCGAUACGUCGAUGCCGAGAACUGGGGGAGUGCUGCUUGGGCCGUGACAGUCCUGUAUAAGGUGUUUUUGUGCGAUGGGAGAUUUGUGGCAUUACGUCAACUUCUUGAACGAGUCAGUCUAUCGGAAACCUCUCUUGCUGCCGUCGGCAUGAAUCUCAAUUUUGCGGAUGGGGAACCAACUGUGGAAAAUGGUGGAGCCGGGAAUGAAGAGCAAGAUGACGAAGAUCGAAUUCACCCCAUUAGUCCGAGCCGCAAACGAAAGGACCCAAUACUAGACCAUCCUUUAACAAGAACGGGUACGGACCGUGAAACAUUGGCGUUCAAGUCAUUGAUUUGGAGGCAAUUGGAACAACUUGUGGCUGCCAUUGACAGCUUAGAUGCUUUCCAAUACACGGCUGAUAAUCUUGAGGCGAACCGAUCCAAUCCGUCACUUCUACGAGCAAACAAACGUGACUUGAAGAAGAAUCUCGAUGAUGUUCGACAAGCAAUGCAACCUCUAUUUGACACCGAGUUUCUAUGUCAACCUCAGGAUGAUAUGGAAAGCAUUUUAUUGAGAGAACUCCGCAAUCAUUACAUUCCCGAAUGCACCCUCGCUUAUAAUAGUGCGCUGUGGUUUGCAGGACACUACCUUUCCCGGGCUUGGUUGGUUGAAUGCAUGCAACUCGCACAAUUGGUUGCUCAAAUUCCAAUGCUGACAAAUGCAUUUAUUGAAGGUGGUAGAAUGAAAGAACUGGUCAGAGCCUUUGCCGUUGACAGUCAAGCGCUCUUGCAGGCGACUGAGCAAACUGGUUCCAAGGCAAAGAAAUUGAAAGCUGAUCAGGGCAAUGGUGACAUUUGGAAAGUCAGUUGGAAAGAGCAAAGCUCUCUUGAUCUGGAGGCUGUGGAUUGA